GACCAUUGACCUGUGGGACUUCCAGUCAGUGUGUGUGCUGAACGGCAAGCAUGGCACACUGUUUUUUCUUUAAACAUUUCUGUAUUGAAAGGUGUUUAAGUUUUAUAAUAUAUUUUAUUGACCUGCUUGGAUUGUAUUUCAUAUUUUCUGAGGAUCAUAGUGGCUGCUGCUUCAACUCUGUUGGGCAGACGCCAAGCCCGAGAAUCACUCAUCUGCAGGCUCUGGAUGACCAGCAGCAGAGCCUCUUGGUAAACUGGAUGGUGAACAACAGCAGCUUAGUGGGAGAUAUUUAUGAGAUCCAGAUCGGCCGCACCGAGAACCACGAUGUUAUUUAUAAUAAAAAUCUGAGUAUAUUUUCUGUGGAUCCAGUGGAAUAUGCAUGGACAUGGACCUCAGACGUGCCUCUGGGUUGUGUCGAUCACUCAGUCAGGAUACGACGAUUCUAUAAUCAGUCUGUCCCGAGUCCCUGGAGCAACUGGAAAACAAACAAUAGAACCCAGGCGAAGGAUACUCCAUGGAUCUUCCCCAAGGAUCGGGUGCUGAGAGAGAACUCCAGCGCCAUGUUCUGCUGUGUUCCCCCCAGAGGAGUCAAUAUUACCAGCAUGUCCUUCAAUAAAAGCAAAUACUCUCUUAGCGGCAUUGGAGCGGGGGUCAAGGCAAUCACUGUACACAACCUGAAGAUCCCAACAGUGCGCUUCAAAUACCUUUUAAUCUCAUGCAAUUACACAAUAGGCAGGCAGACGGAUGUCUUGAACUUUAUCAGUUUUCCUCCCCAGAAGCCCAGUAACAUCAGCUGUGUGACCUCAGACAUGACAAAUGUCUCUUGCACCUGGGAUUCAGGCAGAAAACGAGACGAGAACGACCACAACACGCAAACACGCACUCUUCACAUAGACAACUCAGACCAGCCUCCCAUCAACUGUGAACAGUCGUCUUGUACUUUCCCCGCCAUCCCUAACUUGAAGGAAUACAACAUCCGUGUGGUGGUGAAGGACCUGCUGGGAGAGGAGACGGAGAGCUACAGCUUCAACAUCUCUGACAGAGUGUCACCUGUGGUGGAGUUGGAGAAAGUGAGCCUCGGGGCGACACACACCAACGUGUCCUGGAUCGUACAUGGGAACUUGACCCGACUGAACCUCCUCUGUCAGGUCACUGCAGACCCAGGAAGUGCCACCAAACUGAGGUGCAAUAGUGUGAGUGGUCGAUGCAAAGUCACACUGGAAUAUCUGUUACCUAACACCCCCUACUCUACUAGAGUGCGCUGCUCUGUGGACGGCCGGCUCUGGGGGGAAUGGACCAAGCCCAGAUCCUUCAAAACCUAUCCGUUGGUGACCUUGGAUGUAUGGAGGAGAAUGAAGCAGCUGUCCGACCCAAACAGUCGUCAAGUUACUCUUCUGUGGACUCAUGAUGUUCCUAACUCAGCAGCCACGAUCAAAGGUUUCAUGGUUCAGUGGUCGCAGGGAAGUCUAAACUGGACUGAGCGGAAGGACAGUGGACAAACCCAGGCGCAGGUCUCCAUUAAUCUGGGACAGUAUGACUUCACGGUCCGGGCUCUUCUCUACAGCGGCUCCGCCAUCCCAGCUCACAUCAUCAUCCCCCAGAGGGACAUCGAUGAAAUCCUCCCGGUAAAGAGGCGUUUGAGCAGCAGCCCUGCUGGUUUUAAUCUGACCUGGGAUGAGCUUGAUGCAGUCACCUGUGGCUACACUGUGGAGUGGUGCAUUCUGGGAAACGCUGUGCAAUGGCUGAAUGUGAAACAAGGAAACAAAACAUUGUUCCUACCUGCCAGCAAUUUCAAAGCAGGUUGUAGGUAUACAUUUAAUAUCUAUGCAUGCACAGAAAAUGGACACAGACUACUGGAAGUACAGAAGGGAUACUCACAAGAGCUUAAAUCUGUACAGUCCCCGAUUCUGGUUGAACCUGUUCAGAGUACUUCCUCAUCUGUGACUCUGGAAUGGAGUUACAAUGAGGACGAUCCGGCUCACACGGCAUUCAUCACUGGUUACCUGGUAACAGGACAAGAAGCAGGGACUGAUACACCGCCAGGUCAUGUUGCAAAUUUGUUCAACGUGUCUGUGGCAGACCCUCGGAGGAAGUCUGUGACCAUAGAGGGUCUUCAGCAAGACCACAAAUACCUUUUCUCUGUGAGCGCUCUCACUAAGGGGGGGCCUGGACAAUCCACCAGUAUUACAAUCAGGACCAAAACCAACUACUCUGCUCACCUGGCCAAGAUACUGACUCCCAUGUUGUUACUGUUGGGCUGCAUCAUUGCACUGUGGCCUCAAAGAAAAAUUCUGAAGAGCGGGCUGAGAGAAAUGUUUGCUUACCCGGCUGGUAUGAACAUAAAAACUCCUGAGUUAGACAGUUUCCUGCACGAGACUGGGGAGAGGCUGCAGGCUCUGAAGGUGGAGGAGUGCAGCAGCUGUGACAUAGAGAUCCUGAACAGCAGACCUCUUCUGAAGGAAACAGCUGCACUGAGAGACCCUGCACCCCUGAACGCACCGCCCUCUCCUGCUCCCAUGAACGCACCGCCCUCUCCUGCUCCCCUGAACCCACCGCCCUCUCCUGCUCCCCUGAACGCACCGCCCUCUCCUGCUCCCCUGAACACACCGCCCUCUCCUGCUCCCCUGAACACACCGCCCUCUCCUGCUCCCCUGAACGCACCGCCCUCUCCUGCUCCCCUGAACCCACCGCCCUCUCCUGCUCCCCUGAACGCACCGCCCUCUCCUGCUCCCCUGAACACACCGCCCUCUCCUGCUCCCCUGAACACACCGCCCUCUCCUGCUCCCCUGAACGCACCGUCACCUCCUGCUCCCCUGAACGCACCGCCCUCUCCUGCUCCCCUGAACGCACCGCCCUCUCCUGCUCCCCUGAACGCACCGCCCUCUCCUGCUCCCCUGAACGCACCGCCCUCUCCUGCUCCCCUGAACACACCGCCCUCUCCUGCUUCCCAGUCCUCUGCUCCAAUCACAUCUCUCUCCAGUGUCCUGCUGGAAACAGGCUACUGUCCACAGUCAGUCACAGUGCUCAGAGACAGACCAGACGUCCAACAGAUGACAUGCAUCAACAACAACACUUUUUAUCACACCGUGGAGGAAGAUUCAUCUGAGGCACAACAACUCCUGUUCUCUGAAAUCAAAUCAAGCUUUGAGCCUUCUGGCAGUGUGCAUGAUUCGUGUAGUGUUAUCUAUGGUUAUAUUUCCAAUAACACUUUAUAAGUAUGAAGUCAAAGACCAGGCCGUAAAUGUCUGUCAUAUUUUUUCGAGGGUGUAAAUACUAUAACACGUUUAUGUAAAUAUGAGGCUUUCUAAUGACAAUAUUAAUGCAUAUGUGCUUGUAAAGAUGUAUCUUGUCUUAUGUAGAGCAGGAAACUCAGGAGGUUAUAUUUAAACAACUUGUGUUUUCUGCCGAAACUAAAUGUAGAAGUCAAAGUAAUACAGCAGCUAGAGAUGUAAUCUACAGGAUGCAAUGCACUGAUAAGGCAGCAUGUGCAUCUUUCUUUAAUUUGUAUGGUAUUAUCAAAAGCAAUGUUUUUUCAUCUGCAAUUUUAAAAACAGGUUUAGAUCAUCAUCUAUGAAUGACCUUUUAAAUAUAUGUUAUGUAUGAUUGCCAGAGCUGAUAUAAAUGUCAAAGUUGUGGCUAAUAUUUAAGUUUAGGUAUAAAUACUAUAAGGUGUAUUCGAGUAAAUGAAAUCCCAAAUGAUGCACCAUAAUUAUAAUUGGCUCAUGCAGCUCCCAUCCACCUGUGCAGCUAAAUCUGAAUUAUUUGCCAAUCUGUCCUAAUGUUUUUUUUUAAUUGAUGCAUUUGAUAUGAUA